UUUGGAAUUUCGCUUGCGUUGUGCGCUUGUAUUGUUUCUCUUUAUUAUUCGAAAUAAUUUCUAUUAUAAAUGAAAAAUGGGUAAAUUCAAGUAUUGUAGGGUGUGUCUUGUGACAGACGUGAAGAUGUUCAGUUUAGAAACUUCUUCAAGUGAUUCUAUUGGAGUUGUUUACUCACAUUUAGUUCAGGUUCCGAUAUUUGAUAGAGACCAACAUGUCUGUUUUGUAUGUGCGAGUCUCCUGCACAAGUUUCAGGAAUUCAAAUCCAAAUGUUUAAGAGCUCACAAUAUUUUAUCUAGAUUCCAAUUUGGCCCUACUCGUAUUACAAAAAAAACUAUUAAAAAUAUUGACAGGAAAUUCAACAAAUUAGAAUCCAAUUUAAAUGUAACACAUUUAUCUGAACAAAAUCAAGUGUUCAACGAAGAUACAGAAAUAGAAACAAAACAAAUUCAAGGCGAAGGCACUUACAAAUUAGAGGUCAGUGAAAAAUUUGACCAAGAAAUCUCAGAAAUCGAUGAGAAUAACGAUUUUGACGAAAGUUCUAACGAUAUCAAUGCAGACUUCAUAGAUGUGACAGAAGAAACACUAGAAGAAGUAGAGGAUGUUAAAACGAAAACGAAAAAGAGACAGUUGGAAACUGUUAUCAAAAGUGAAGAUAACUUUAGUGAUGAUGAACCGCUAUCUAAAAGUAUGACUGAAAGGGCUCCCAUAAUGAAAAGUACGGGAAAACAAAUGGACAUGAGUAUAUUUGAUGACUAUGGCACUAUAACAUACCUUACCCCAGAGGACGCAAAGAAAGAACUGUUGCUUAGAAAAGAGACUAGUAAUUACAAACUAUGUAAGUUUAAAUGUGAGCUGUGCUAUAGAGGGUUUGAAGUUAAAACCGCUUUCGAUAAUCAUACUAAGAGUCAUAGUCCUGAAAAUGGUGACUAUGGAUGUGAUAUCUGCCACCUCUGGUUUCCAGUACAAGCAUCACUGUGUAAACACAGAAUAACCCACAAGAGGAAGUUUACCUGUAAAGUGUGCCCUUAUGUUUGUUAUGAUAUGAGCCAAGCAAAGGCCCAUGUGAGCCUGCACCGAGGAAAAAAGUAUCCGUGUAAACAUUGUGGAGAAGUAUUCAGCAUGCCGAACACUCUAAUUAUGCACACACGAUUAAAACAUUUGAAGGAGAGUACAGUUCGCGAGAGUGUCUGUCAACUCUGUGGUGACGUGUUUGGGGCACCGAAAGGACUAUACUUACAUCAGUUGAAGGUGCAUAAACAGGUUGAAAACGACGAAUUAGGACCUAAAUGCGAAGACUGUAAUGCGCAUUUUGCUUCAGAACUGGCGUGGAAACGACAUCUAGUGCUUUCUUCUAAGCAUAAAGUCAGUAAUGGCUGUAAGAUCUGUGGCGAUACAUUCUCGAAUUCGGAAGGUCUCAAAGCUCACAUGACGGUGCAUAAUCGAACGCACCUACAGAACUACAGAACCUAUGUGAAGAAAUGGCCCGGGGAUUGUCCUAUUUGUGACAAAUGGCUAGCGACCCGCGCGGCGUACGAGAACCACGUGAUGACAGAGCACCCUGACACUGAGGAGGCGAACAAGAUCACCUUUGAAAAAGAAACAUCAUUCGUGUGUGAAUUGUGUGGGCAGAUAUUUAAGAAACAAUGCUUCCUAAAGUACCACCUACAUAAACACACGGGCGAGCGUCCGUACAAGUGCGUGGACUGCGACAAAACGUUCCAGACGGCGAGCGGACUCAGCAUACACCGCAGUAUACACAAACCGAAAACGUUGAAGUGUCACUUGUGCGCCCGUAGAUUUUCAUUAAAGAGCGCUAUCGCUAAGCAUAUGAAGUACGCACACCUCGGCGUCCGUCCCUACAAGUGCACGAUCUGCGACAAACUGUUCGUUUACUUGUGUGAUUUGAAACAACACAACAAAUACGUACACGACAAAGUACCGUGGCCUAAGAAGAAACCCAAAACGAAGACUGUUGAUGAAGCAACUUAUAUGGAGUAAUCAGAAGGCACUGAUCGUCUAAUGCUGAACAGUGACCAUGCCUUCCUCAUAGUCUACCACACUCUUCAGGUACUCACGCCUCGAAGGACAUCGUUGGUUCUAAUAAUAAUAAUAAUAUCAGUUGGCUGAAUGCCUUGGAUCACUCCCGUUAUUGGUGGGCUAGAGUUUUUUAUAUUUUAAAUGUUUUUUUACAAUCAAAUAUUUAAAAAAAAUAUUAAUCUAGUAUAGAAAAUAGUAAUGAAAUAAUAAUGGAAUCGAUUUAGUACUUUAAUAACUGCUUUUUGGCACAAUGUGGGCGAUUUGAAACAAUUUUUUCUCUCUUUGGGUCCUAUGCUCAUAAAUGGCGUAUUAAUCCAAGAAAGCAUUAUAACUAAGACUUUGAGGACUUUAAUUGAUAAGUUAUUAGUAAAGAGGAAUAGCAAUAAUGUUUAUUAUAUUUGUGUGAUACCUAAUGUUAAUUAUAUAGACGGCUUGUGUAAGUAUUUUACUACGUAAAUCAAAUAUAGUUUUA